AUGAAUAUUGUAUAGAAAAAGAGGGAAGAAUUUUCAAUCAAUAUUAGAAAGUAAAAAAGGGAAGAAUUGUUUAAUUCAAAAAGAAUCUCAAAAAACCAAUAUUUGCCUUUUUCUAUUUCUAACUCAGAAUUAUCCUAAAUUUAUUCCAAUGCAUAUUACUAAAAAUAAUGUCCUAAUAAUGUUUAUCUUAAUGAAACUAUUUAAAAGAUUUUUAAAAUAUCUGAAUUAGCAGAUGCAUUUAAUGAACAUGAUUGCGAUAAAAAUUAUGAUACAACCUCAGAUGUUGAAAUUAUAUUCGAUAACAUUAACAAAGGAUAUCCAGUAUUAGAUGUAAAUUUUUUAUAUUUAUUUCAGAGAGCUUGUUUACAAAUAUUACUAGCAUUCACUCUACCUAAUCAUUAAACAUGCAAACCAAUUUUAAAAUAUAUACCUGAUUUAUUAAAGUUUUUUAUGGAAACUCAGUAUAUAGAACUAAAAUAAACUGUGUUGUUUAUUUUCUCUAACUUAGCAGCUGACUGUUAUUAAUGUAGAGAUGCAAUUUUAAUUUAUGAAAUACCAUAGGCAAUAUUCUAAGCAAUUAAUUCAACUACAACUGAAUUAAUUGAUGAUCUUACUUAAAUUCUUAUCAACAUAUCAAGAACUCAACCUUUAAUGUCAAAUUUUAAUCAAAUUUAAAUGAUUUAAUUGUGUUGGAAAUUAUUUCCUUAUUUAUCAAACAAUGAAUCUAUAGCUGGAAUCUUGUAACUUAUUUAAAAAAUUUGUAAAAAAGAUAAAAAUUUAUUGGAUUUGAAUUUUAUGAAUGAUCUUUGCUUAAAAAAUCAAAAUUCUCAACUAUUUUUAGAUGAAAUAUUAUCUUUGAUCAAAAUAAUUUCAUACUUUGACAGAGACAAAUAUGAACCUAUCGAAUAAAACAUCUUGAAUUUUUUAAUUCUUAAAGUUAAUUAUAAUUUAAUACAAGAAAAAUAAUAGCAAUAUUAGUAAAGACAAAUAAACAAAGUGUUGAGCAUAUUUAUUAAUAUGAUUGUUGAAAAUCCAAAAUUAAUUUAUAAUAUUCUCAAUACGAAUAUAAUUGAACUUUUUAAGUUUGAUGAAAAAUUAUAAUAGGUCAAUAAGGAGAUCUUUUGUAACAUUUAUUAUUACUCUUUUUACUAUUAAAUCAUCUGUAGUUUAAAUUAAAAUUAAUUAAAGUAAUUUAUUUAAUUAUUUUAACCAAUCAUACUAUUGAUAAGCCUGCUGGAUAAAAAUAUUGGUAAUACAGAUAUUAUAAUUGAUAUUUUAAGAAUUAUCGAGAUAAUUAUGUAAAAAAAUAUUGAAUCAAUUUAAGUAUUUAGAGAAUAUAAUGGUGAAUAAUACUUAGCUGAACUAUCCUAACAUGAAAAUGAAGAUGUGUAUAAAUUAUGUGAAAAUCUUUUUGAAAUAAUUAUGUGA